AUGGCGGACGACCGAAUGUCCAUGAUUCCCUAUGGAUCGUCCAAUCUUGACGUCGUACUACGCCACAAUGAUUCCGUUGUGGUCUUCGAUCGCGACUCUCGACAAUUAGCCCUCAGGAAUGCCGCCGACAGCGAUGGUGGUCUUGAGUUCACCGAUUGUCCAUAUUGUCAUCGACCACUGCGGGAGGACGGCGCGGGACAAGAGAGUCCUCAUGCCAGCCCAAAUGGAGCCCCCGAAUUCGUCAAUCCGGAGUAUUUUCGCAUGCUUCAUAAUAGUCUACCUAGCUCUGCGAGUUCCUCACACCCACCCUCCCCACGUCGUCGUCUCGCUCAGCCCGCUCUUCCCGGAGGCCCAACCAGCGAACCGGGUACCACGCGCGGUGCGCCUUCUAAAGAAGGGAUAUCGUCCGCGGCAUUUACACCGGAUUAUUUCAAGAAGUUCUUCGUCGAAGAAACUAUCCUGGGAAAGGGCGGAAAGGGUGUGGUGUUGCUGGUGAAACACGUGUUAGAUGGAGUCUCGCUUGGUUAUUAUGCUUGCAAGCGGGUGCCCGUGGGAGAUGAUCAUGGGUGGCUUGAGAAGGUGCUGGGCGAAGUGCAACUGUUGCAGCAUCUAUCACACCAGAACCUUGUAUCCUACCGCCAUGUCUGGCUUGAGGAUGCGAAGAUCAGUACCUUCGGACCCAGCGUUCCAUGUGCGUUCAUCCUCCAACAGUAUUGUAAUGCCGGAGACCUGCACAACUAUAUUUGUGGAUCGGUUCAGACUUCCACAACGGCCCAGCAGUUGAAGGAACGUCUCAGGAGGAAAUCCAAAGGAGAGCCCCAGCCUCAAUCUGAGCUGGCAGAGCCUCGUAAACUACACUUUGACGAAAUCUAUUCGUUUUUCAAGGACAUAACCUCGGGGCUUCGGUAUCUCCAUGCCAAUGGCUACAUCCAUCGGGAUCUCAAGCCCAACAACUGUUUGCUUCACCGGACCAGCGAUGGGAUCCGUGUGCUCGUCAGUGAUUUUGGAGAGGUGCAAUCUCAAGAUUCGAUGCGGGGAUCGACCGGGGCUACAGGCACUGUAUCGUAUUGCGCCCCCGAAGUUCUACGACGAGAGUAUCCGGGAGGUCCGUUUGGCAAUUUCACCUUUAAAUCUGACAUCUUCUCUCUGGGGAUGAUCCUCUAUUUCUUAUGCUUCGCCCAGCUACCGUAUGUCAAUGCGGACCUAAUCAAUGAAGAGAAGGAAGACCUCGACCGCCUGCGAGAAGAAAUUAGCCACUGGGGUGGAUUCGAUCAUGCACGCAGGAUGCGACCUGAAUUACCCGAGCAAUUGUAUACCUUUUUAGAGCGCUUGCUGUCUGUUGAUCCUAACCGGCGACCGUCCGCAGACGAGGAGAGGCAGCUCCUCCUCAUCAAGUCCUGA